CAUGCGCCGCGCCUCGGCCUCUCCCGUGCUGCCGCCGGCUGCGCUCUGGCGUCGCGCGGACCCGUCUCCCUUCCCGCUAUGGCGGCCGCCAUGGAGGAGCCGUUCCCUUUCCAUGGUCUCCUGCCCAAGAAGGAGACGGGUGCUGCCGCCUUCCUCGCCCGCUUCCCCGAUUUCGAUGGGCGGGGGGUUCUGCUAGCUGUGCUGGACACCGGCGUGGACCCAGGGGCGCCGGGCAUGCAGAUAACAACUGAUGGGAAACCGAAGAUAAUUGAUAUAAUUGAUACAACAGGCAGUGGUGAUGUAACUACAUCUACCAUUGUAGAACCUAAAGAUGGGGAAAUUGCUGGUCUUUCUGGAAGAACUUUAAAGAUUCCUGCAAACUGGGUAAAUCCUUCAGGCAGAUAUCACAUUGGCAUAAAAAAUGGCUAUGAUAUUUAUCCUAAAGCUCUUAAGGAAAGGAUUCAGAAGGAACGCAAGGAGAAGCUCUGGGAUCCUGUUCACAGAUUGGCUCUAGCAGAGGCCUGUAGGAAACAAGAAGAAUUCAAUGCUGCUCAUAGCUCUCCCUCCCAGGUAAAUAAGCUAAUAAAGGAAGAACUUCAAAAUCAAGUGGAAUUGUUGAAUUCUUUUGAGAAAAAAUAUAGUGAUCCUGGCCCUGUAUAUGAUUGUUUAGUAUGGAAUGAUGGUGACACCUGGAGAGCCUGCAUAGAUACAAGUGAGAGUGGUGACUUAACUAGCUGUACGGUGCUGAGAACCUAUAAAGAGGCACAGGAAUAUGGAUCUUUUGGAACAUCUGAGAUGCUGAAUUAUUCUGUGAAUAUAUAUGAUGAUGGAAACCUUCUUUCUAUUGUGACAAGUGGAGGAGCACAUGGAACACACGUAGCUAGUAUUGCAGCUGGGUACUUUCCAGAAGAACCAGAAAGAAAUGGUGUGGCUCCUGGAGCUCAGAUUCUUGCAAUCAAGAUUGGUGAUACAAGACUAGGUACAAUGGAAACUGGCACUGGUCUAAUAAGAGCUAUGAUAGAAGCAAUAAAAUACAAGUGUGAUCUUGUCAACUACAGCUAUGGAGAGGCGACACAUUGGCCAAAUUCUGGGAGAAUUUGUGAAGUUAUUAAUGAAGCAGUGUGGAAACACAACGUAAUCUAUGUUUCAAGUGCAGGAAAUAACGGCCCUUGCCUUUCUACAGUAGGAUGUCCUGGUGGAACUACAUCUAGUGUAAUAGGUGUUGGUGCCUAUGUAUCACCUGACAUGAUGGUUGCUGAAUACUCUUUAAGAGAAAAACUGCCAGCAAAUCAAUAUACUUGGUCAUCCAGAGGGCCUAGCACUGAUGGAGCCCUUGGAGUAAGUAUCAGUGCCCCAGGAGGUGCUAUUGCUUCUGUUCCAAACUGGACUCUCCGAGGAACACAACUCAUGAAUGGCACAUCCAUGUCUUCUCCCAAUGCAUGUGGAGGCAUUGCAUUAGUGUUGUCAGGACUCAAAGCUAAUGAUAUUCACUACACUGUUCAUUCUGUCAGAAGAGCUUUAGAAAAUACUGCUGUGAAAGCUGAGAACAUAGAAGUAUUUGCACAAGGACAUGGUGUUAUUCAGGUUGAUAAAGCCUAUGACUACCUCAUUCAGAACUCGUCAUUCAUAAAUAACGUAGGCUUUACAGUUACCGUCGGCAGCAACCGUGGAAUCUACCUCAGAGAUCCUGCCCAGAUAGCUGCACCUUCUGAUCAUGGGGUUGGCAUAGAACCUGUCUUUCCUGAGAAUACAGAAAACACUGAAAGAAUAUCUCUUCAGCUUCAUUUAGCUUUAACUUCAAAUGCACCGUGGAUCCAGUGUCCUAGUCAUUUAGAGCUUAUGAACCAGUGUAGACACAUAAAUAUUCGUGUGGAUCCACGUGGUCUGAGAGAAGGACUGCAUUAUACAGAGGUGUGUGGCUAUGAUAUAGCAAUGCCUAAUGCAGGCCCUCUGUUCAGAGUUCCAAUAACUGUUGUUAUACCAACAAGAGUAGAUGAAGCAUCAAGCUAUGACGUGACAUACACAGAUGUUCAUUUUAAACCUGGUCAAAUACGAAGGCAUUUCAUCGAUGUUCCACAGGGAGCUACAUGGGCUGAAGUGACAGUAUGUUCAUGUUCAGCUGAUGUAACUGCCAAGUUUGUGCUUCAUGCUGUUCAGCUAGUGAAACAAAAAGCAUACAGAAGUCAUGAGUUCUACAAAUUUUCAUCCUUACCAGAAAAAGGAUCAGUGACUGAAGCAUUUCCUGUCUUGGCUGGAAAAACCAUUGAAUUUUGUGUUGCUCGGUGGUGGGCAAGCCUUAGCGAUGUUAGUAUUAAUUACACAAUUUCUUUUCAUGGUGUACUUUGUGCUACUCCUCAGCUAAACAUGCAUGCUUCAGAAGGCAUCGUGCGAUUUGAUGUUCAGUCCCUGUUGAAGUAUGAAGAUAUUGCUCCUUGCAUAAAUCUGAAGAGCUGGGUUCAAACGCUCAGACCAGUGAGUACAAAAAUAAAACCUUUGGGCUCCAGAGAUAUUUUACCAAAUAAUCGUCAACUGUAUGAGAUGAUUUUGACCUAUAAUUUCCAUCAGCCUAAGAGUGGAGAAGUAACACCAAGCUGUCCACUUCUUUGUGAGUUGUUGUACGAAUCUGAAUUUGAUAGUCAACUGUGGAUUAUUUUUGACCAGAACAAAAGACAAAUGGGUUCAGGAGAUGCUUAUCCACACCAGUAUUCUGUGAAACUGGAAAAAGGAGAUUACACUAUUCGGUUACAAAUUCGUCAUGAACAGAACAGUGAACUGGACCGCAUCAAAGACCUUCCAUUUAUUGUUUCUCACAGGUUGUCUAGUACCUUGAACUUAGAUAUUUAUGAAAACCAUAGCCUUGCUCUCUUAGGAAAGAAGAAAUCCAACAGUUUGACAUUACCACCAAAACACAGUCAGCCAUUCUUUGUUACAUCGCUGCCUGAUGACAAAAUACCUAAAGGAGCAGGACCAGGAUGUUACCUUGCAGGAGCUCUUACACUGUCUAAAACAGAACUUGGAAAGAAAGCUGGGCAGUCUGCAGCAAAGUGGCAAGGAAAAUUUAAAAAGGAUGUCCUUACUGUUCACUAUCACCUGAUACCAUCACUGUCAAAGAGUAAAAAUGGCAGCAAAGAGAAAGAAAGAGAACAGGAAAAAGAAAAAGAUGUAAAAGAAGAAUUUGCUGAAGCUUUAAGAGAUCUAAAAAUACAGUGGAUGACCAGGCUGGAUACCACUGACAUGUAUAAUGAGUUGAAAGAAGCAUUUCCUAACCAUCUUCCAUUGUAUGUUGCAAGACUUCAUCAGCUGGAUUCUGAAAAGGAACGAAUGAAAAGACUUGAUGAAAUUGUUGAAGCUGCAAAUAUUGUAAUCUCUCAUAUUGAUCAGACAGCAUUAGCAGUAUAUUUUGCCAUGAAGACUGAUCCCAGGCCUGAUGCAACUACUAUAAAAAAUGAAAUGGAAAAACAGAAGACUACUUUAGUGGAUGCACUUUGUCGAAAAGGAAGUGCACUGGCUGACCAACUUCUCCAUCUGCAGGCCCAAGAAGGGGCUGCUUCCAGUGAUGCAGAAAGCAAAGAUGAGGAUCAUGAGAGCUGCUCGGAAGCUUUGACAGAGACAUUCUGGGAAACAACAAAAUGGACUGAUCUUUUUGACAGCAAGGUUUUGACUUUUGCCUAUAAGCAUGCAUUGGUAAAUAAAAUGUAUGGGAGAGGUCUCAAGUUUGCCACAAAACUUGCAGAAGAGAAGCCAACGAAGGACAACUUGAAAAACUGCAUCCAGCUAAUGAAGUUACUUGGAUGGACUCAUUGUGCAACUUUCACUGAAAAUUGGCUUCCUGUCAUGUAUCCACCUGAUUACUGUGUAUUCUAGAAAACCAACGAUUGUAAACUUGUAAGUGAUUUUAUAUGGGGCAGGAUAUGAAAAAUUUCAGUUGACUUUUUAUUGGAACGCAUGUUUUCAUUACUGAAUGUUGAUUAUUAAAUUGUUUGUAUUUAUCAGUAAAGGCACUUCAGUACAGCUUAAUACCUGUUAACCUAACUUGUCAUCAGGGAGUUUCCUUAUUGUGCAUCCCAUUGCUGGCAAUGGAUGUGCCAGAACUGCCAACACCAAGGAUUUGGAAUUAGGCUGAACAGGCUUACUGCAUGCAUGUUAGGUUCUUAAUGAUUACUUUUAACUGCAAACCUGUAAAAGCUCUGUAUUUUUUACAGUAAAACAAAUUUUAACAUGUUUGAUCUUCAUUUCAAUUGUAUGAAGGCCUUAAAGCUACUUCAAGAGUAGCAAAAAUUUUAUUUAUUAGAUUAAAGCAAUGGAACAUCAUUACCUGUAUUGUUUGCAAGAGUUUACAUUUAAUUUUUUUUAAGAAAAAUUCAACCUCUCAAAUUGUAACAAUGUGUAGCUCGGAAUUGCUGAUGCAUAGGUGCUCUCCUAAAACUUCAUUUUGGAGUGAUUCCAGGCAAACUCAAAAAUCCAUGUGAAGUUGAGUAUCAGGACAGGCUGAUACAUGUAUAAAAGUGCCAGACAGUUAAAUCUUGGUCAGGUAUUGUAAAGCUAUACAUAUAUGUUUAAUACUGUUAAAAAUGUAAACCACAGCAGAAUAAAUGUGCAAAGUUGAAGAUCAAAAAACACCAUGUGCACUGUGAUACUUUAAAAUAUUAUUUUAUAAUUAAUAAAAACAAAUAAUGAAGCUAAAAA